UCUUCUGCCUCGUUGGGCAUUGCCGCUGCGCGAUCGCGGAGUCCGCCGCCGAUCAACUUGAAGCGAACGAACAGCGGGCGCUGUGGGAGUCCGAUGGAUUGUGCCUCUACUUUUUUGUUUGAAUCCAAAUAUAGGCGUGCAACAGAGAAAUCAUAAAAAAAUAAGUGUGUAUCUGGGAUUUUGUCAGAUGAAUACAAUCCGCUUUUUUCCUGAUUUUUUCUUUUUUUUUUACAUGAUGGAGAUGCGUAACAUGUGUUGUCCUAUUUAAUGCUUUACAACUGGCCGGCUUGCCCAGUGGCAGUUGGAAAUAUAAUUGCAGUUGUGCCCUACUCACCCUGCCAGCUGGCCAGCCCCCAUACUUCGAAGGAUUAUGACUUUUAAAAUGCACGAUCGGUGCAGCUAGAGAGCCGGGGCGCACUUUCUUCUUUCUUUCUCACGUCCACCCUUUUCUUUUCUUUCGACCGUUCGCUUCCCCGCUCCUUCGCUCUCACCUACAUGCAGCACUCCGAGUCGGGCGGAUGUUGGUUUUGAUCUUUGGGAAGUGGAUCUCUUUGGGUUCGUGGAAUAUUUCCUUGGCAAUGAUUGUGGUCCUUGUCCUUUACUGCUUCUUGUCCAAGACUUUCGCGGCGCCGUCACUUACCGCUGAACAAAUUAACACGGGGGUCGACUGGUUGAGCAAAUUUGGCUACCUUCCACCCCCGGACCCUGCUACUGGGCAACUACAGACAAAGGAGGCUCUGACUAACGCUAUUAAAGCCAUGCAAAGGUUCGGAGGGCUACAGGAAACGGGAGAACUAGACGAAGCCACGUUGCUGCUGAUGAAGACCCCCCGUUGCUCCCUGCCUGACCUUAUGGAGGGCGGCACAAGGCGGAGGAAAAGGACUAUCACCACACCCUCCAAAUGGAACAAAAGGCACCUUUCAUGGAGAGUGAGGACCUUCCCUAAGGAGUCACGUCUGGGCCACGACACAGUCCGAGCGCUCAUGUAUUAUGCGCUAAAAGUGUGGAGUGACAUCACACCACUCAACUUUCAUGAGGUGGCAGGAACGGAUGCCGACAUCCAGAUUGACUUCUCCAAGGCGGACCACAAUGAUGGCUACCCAUUUGAUGGACCAGGGGGAACAGUGGCCCACGCCUUCUUUCCAGGCGACCACCACACCGCAGGAGACACACAUUUCGAUGAUGACGAGGCUUGGAUAUUUCGCUCUACAGAUGCCCAUGGGAUGGACCUGUUUGCAGUGGCAGUGCACGAAUUUGGCCACGCCAUUGGGCUGGCACAUACAUCUGCUACUGAGUCUAUAAUGAGGCCUUACUACCAGGGACCAGUUGGGGACCCCCUUAAAUAUGACCUGCCUUAUCAAGACAAAGUCCGAGCUUGGCAAUUGUAUGGUGUGAGAGAAUCCGUGUCCCACACAAUUCGUCCAGAUGUGACCAGAACCGCUGACCCUCCGGUGUUGCCUGACCUGCCAGAAAAUCGAUCUACUGUCCCGCCAGCCCGAGACGCCCCCGACAGAUGUAAUAUCCACUUUGAUGCAGUAGCCCAGAUCCGUGGAGAAGCUUUCUUUUUUAAAGGGAAAUACUUCUGGCGCCUGACUCGGGAGAAGCAUCUCGUGUCACUGAGGCCUGCUCAGAUCCAUCGGUUCUGGCGAGGGUUGCCUCUCAACCUGGACAGUGUGGAUGCUGUGUACGAAAGACCUGUAGACCACAAGAUUGUGUUUUUCAAAGGAGACAAAUACUGGGUUUUCAAAGACAAUAAUGCUGAAGAAGGCUACCCUCGGCCAGUUACGGACUUUGGUCUAUCGUUGGCAGGGGUGGAUGCUGCCUUUGUCUGGGCGCACAAUGAGAAGACGUAUUUUUUCAAAGAUGGGCAGUAUUGGCGGUACGAUGACCACACGCGACAAAUGGAUUUGGGAUACCCCAAAGAUACCGUGCUUUGGAAAGGAGUGCCAACCUUCCUCGAUGAUGCGAUGCGCUGGUCUGAUGGAGCCUCCUAUUUCUUCAAGGGCAAGGAGUACUGGCGUGUGAAGGACAGUGACAUCGAGGCAGAAGAAGGGUACCCCCGCUCCGUCGGUAGAGACUGGCUUCUUUGUACAGAGAUGCAGUCAGAUUCUCCGGCAUCUGACAUCAAUGCCACUGAAACCCGCUUCCGGCAGGGUCAGCACCACGAGAGCCGCUCAGAGAAUGGUUAUGAAGUCUGCUCCUGCACAUCGUCCUCAGAUGGACCCUCUCCUUUGUGGACUCUCACCGUUUUGUUUGGUAUUUUACAAGUUAGCCGAUGGACGUUGCCUAUAUUUUCAAAACUUGGUGUAUGAUAAAGGCAGAUCUGGACUGCAAACUAAUAGGCAUCAGGUUCUCCAGAGACGGAGCAAAUGAAAAGGCGUGAGGACAGAAUGCAACGUGGCCAAGAUCUGAUGCAGCUCUUAAUGUAGUUGUGUCCGGAAUGACAUGCAAUCACUUCUCGAAUUUUGAACGAUGAGUGCGUCAAGUGAUGGUAGAUCAAGUUGAUCUUCAUGAGACAUUCUUCCUACAACAUUUGACUGUCAAAGCUAUUUUUGUAUACCCCAUUAUGAGCUGGUUUGGCUCAAUAGCGCAUUGAUCAAUUUAGCAGCAAUGUUGCUUUCUACUGAUGUCCGGUGAAAUUCAAGAUGAAAGAAAUCUAGAUGCAUUGUAUUUGCAUUAAUUAGAGCCUGUUUAAAAUGCACUGGAAUCAAAAAAAAAUCUUCAUUUUCUCCACAGUCACUUACGGCAUGACUUCAAGCACCACAUUAAUCUUCGUCUGCAGGAAUGUGACCAAAGUGCAGUAUUAUGGGCUGUUCUCCACGCUUUUUCCUUUGAUUCCAGCUAAUUAGACGUCUCCCAUGAUGGCAAGUCUGUGCAUCAGUGUGGACGGCAUGAGUCACAUGGUUUCCCAUUGGUUUUGAUUUUGUUUCUCAUCUUUAAUUUAGAAACUUAAAUGGGCGCAAUUCAUCUAAGCCAACCUAAUUUACAGUCAAAACUUUUUACGAGGUACUCUUUUAUGAUAUUAGAAAAGCAAAUUGGACCAGUUUGUCCUAGGGCCUUACACCCAGAGCUGCGUAAAAGCAGCAGAGAGGCUUAGAAAACAGAUAUUCCACCUAAAAGGAAAGCAUAUUCAGUUAUUAAUUAUCAUUUUAUUUUCAAGUCUCUUUGGGUUAUUUUUUUUAUGCGUCUAGAACAAUUAAUAUAUUCACCAAAAAUGACAAUAAAUCUCAAUAUGUGUAAUCAUUGUAAAGGGCUGACCAGUAGAACACAAAUUGUUGUCUCAACCGCUUAAGUCACGGUAUAAAUGUUGGUCCGGAUCAAAUGUUUCCAGAUGGGAUGGUAAUGUAAACGAUUCUGAUCAAUGGUUGCUUUUCCCUAUCAUGAGGCAGUACCGGGCCGGCUCAGCAUUGUAAUUCUGUUUCCUUCUCACAUCCAGAUUAGUUUGCUGCAGUAGCAUGUCAUCUGGUUUGGAUCAUAGUGUAAACACUUGAAAUUCCAGAUCAACUAGACCUUCUCCUGAGCCAUAGUAAUACAUCUCAAGGUUAGUUUGUUACCGGAUAAGCACUCAUGAUCUGGAUCAAAUCCCCGCCAUCAUUGCGCCAGUAUACUAAUGGACCUGUCUCUUCUUGUAGCAUUUGAGUCAUAGUGGAGCAUAGCGAAGACACUCAGACUCCGAGUCAAAUGCGACAUAAAUGCAAUUUGCCAUGUUUGAUUUGGGAAUUAGUAUUAUCACUCCAAAUUCAGGUCAAAUAUGCCAGUUUGUAAGUUACAAUACAACGUGAUUUGGAUAUGACACAAUCUGAACCAAACGGUCUGUAUUGUGACAUAAAAUGCAUCUGGAUCAGUCUGAUUGAUCAAAUCAUAGGGUAAGCUCUCAAAUUCCAUGUUACAUUAUACUUGCCAUGAGAUACAGUAGCACAGAUCCAGAUUGACCUACUAUUGAAAACAAUGUUAUUCAGGUAUGACUGUAGUAUAAAUAAGAUUUUGAUCAAAUCUUUCUGUUAUGAACUCAGAGUCUCAGAGCACCCAAUAACCACUUCCAAAAAUGCCCACUGGAGGAAAAUCCUAAUAAAAACUCCAGCUAGACAUAAAAAGGGCAUUGCAGAACCUUUAAAUAAAGAAGGUUUUAAUAUCACAAAAACAAUGAAGCAGCAUGGAGCACAAAGGUAAAAGGAUGCGCCCAAAACAAUAAGACAAUCCAAUUCAACCAGAGUCCCGACACAGUAAGUCAAAAAGCAGAGCAUGCGGUCAAAAACGUCCACAGAAUCAAAAAGGACAGUCGAACACAAAAAAUAAGAGCCGACCAAUCCUUUGAGGCCUGGGAUCUGCACUGGCAAUCGAAUCCCAUAGAUGCCAAAAGGGACUCUGUCCUUAACCUGCAAUU